AUGUCGUCCUUCCUCCCCCGCCCCUGCCUCCGGGCCAGCACCCUCGGCCACCAACUCCGCACCCUAACAACCACCACCCCGCACUUCUACCACCAACCGCGCGUCCCCUCCUCCUCCAUCCCCAUCCCCAACGUCUCCGGCCGCGUCCCCCUCCCCGACUCUACCUCCGUCCCCGAGGACUUCAAGAUCGAAAUCCCCUCGUACCCGUACGGCCCCCGCCGCGUCUACCACCAAUCCAACACGGGUCUCUACGGCUCCGCCCUGAUCCGCUUCGGCAACAACGUCUCCAAGCGCAACGAAAUCAAGACGCGCCGCAAAUGGCGUCCCAACGUACAGCAAAAGCGGCUCUGGUCCAAGUCCCUUGGCGUCUUUGUGCGCACGCGCGUGACUACUCGCGUCUUGCGCACCAUUGACAAAGUCGGUGGGCUGGACGAGUACUUGCUUGGCCACAAGGCGGCGCGCGUCAAGGAGCUGGGGCCCUGGGGGUGGAUGUUGCGGUGGCGAAUCAUGCAGACGCCUGAAAUCAGGGAGCGGUUCGCCAAGGAAAGGGAGGCGCUGGGGUUGUCUCCUCAGGCCAAAGAAGAAGAAAAGAGUCUGGAGGAGCAGUUGAAGGAGUUCCAGGUUGCGGGGAUCCAGUUUGCGGAGGGAAAGGAGCCUAAGAGUAAGGGACAGUUGAAGGAGGAGGCGGAUCGGUUGAUUAACAAGGCGGAGACGGAGGAGUUUGGGCUGGGAGAGGAGGAGGAUCUGUUUAUGAAGGAGGAGCCGAAGCCCACCAAGAUGGCGUAGGGGGAGGUUUUGCUGAGCUAUAAAGGUUCGUGCUUCGAACAGGGUCGGAUUACCGUCUAGUCGAUGGAGAGGUGACGGCUGUACCAUAUCUUUCUGUGUAUAAAAAAUGGGAUUUUAGAGAGAUAGGAAGGCAGGUAUUGUGGACGACUGGACUUCGUGAUACCAGUGAAACGAUCCAACAAAUUCGCAGUAUCUUAU